AUGGACUCUUCGAUCAGCAUUACCCUAACCCCUGGUCAGUUUUCUACUCUUCAAGAAAGAUACGGCUUUCAUCCAGAAGAUGGUGUCACUUUUGUCGGUGAACACGCUAGCUUUAUCAAUCCUCCCGAGGGUAAAUUCGGUACAUAUACGAAACACUUUGACGCCGGGUAUCGUCUUCCGACAUCAGAUUUCUUUCGAGAAGUUCUCCAUACGCACAAGGUUCACAUCAAUCAGUUUUUACCCAAUGGUAUAAACAAAUUAGUUGCUUUUGAGAUGCUUUAUCGUGCCAACGGGAUUAAACCUGAUAUUUGGGUCUUUCGCCAUUUUUUCGUUUCGAUGUUCCUUCCUCUGGUGAGAGUUAUACGUUCGUUGUUCGUAAGCAUAGUCAGGUUCUAG